AUGUCUGAUGGGAAUUCCUUGAGUGCUGAACUUCUCACUGUGUUCCAUCUCCCUCAGCUCUCACCAAUCCUACGUCACCCGGCUGUGUCUCUGCUAGUCCUGGUGAGUCGCAAACAUCUCCUGCUACUCCACUUCGGAGCUUCUCCUGAGCUCAGCAGCGAGACGCCGAGCUGCCUGUCGUGCCCAACGGAGGAGAGACGCUUGGAAAAGCCGAGUGGAACCGCAGCUCAGGAGGCCUCCAGCACCAAUGGUUGUGUGAAAGGAAAGGACAGCAGACAGUACGCCCACCACAGAUCCCGCAGCCCCUCACGCGAUGAGGAGUACACGCCACCACCCCCAUCCCGGGGGAAGAAAAAGAAAAAGAAAUCCACACGUAAGAAGAGGAGGAGGUCUCCAUCGUAUAGCCCCUCGCCUGUGAAGAAGAAGAAGAAGAAGAAAAGCUCAAAGAAACGAAAAAGAAACAGGUUAUCUUCAAAGAAGAGAAGACACAGUUCCUCAAGCCCAAAAAGUAAAAGAAAGGAAGAAAGAAAACACAAAAAACACUCUCGUAGCCGGCCACGAAAAUCCCACCGCCACCGCCAUCGCCACUACCACUCUCGCUCAGAGCGCUCCGAGUCCCUCUCCUCUAGCUGCCAAAGCAGGCACAGAGCCAGGUCUCGGGAGGAAGGCCAUAAAGCAAGACGAAGACGCUCCCAGCACUGUUCAAAGAGCACUGAGACGCGAAGCAUGUCUGCAGAGGGUCAAGCCAGCCAAACCCUUCAGAUCUACAGCUUCCUCUCGGCUAAGGAAGUAAUCUCUCAGUCGGGGUCAUCUGCUGACCUCUUUACCAAAACAGACAGCCCGCUUGGCAACCUAGCCAGUCGGAAUGGAGGGGCCCAUGAAUCUGACUCAGGAAACGAUACUUCUUCCCCUCCCUCCACUCAGACGAACUCAGCCAGGCCAAAGGACAGCCAGGAGAAGAGAAGCCUAGCCCACAAUGGCUUUGGCCGGGCCUUCUCACCUGGGAAGCCCAAAUUGGCCAACAGCGAUAACAGCUCUGAUUCGGGAAAUUCCUUCACCAGUUGUUUUUCCCAGAGCAAGGGAACAACUUUGGAAAAUCUCUCUCCGGAUGCCCAGGGACAGGACCAAAGAAGUUUCCUGUCCCCGUGUCUCGCCUGCUCGGAGGCGAAGAAGCAGAGCCCCCUGCAUUCCCCGGACCGCAGCUCCCCACUGAGACCGUGCUCCCGCAGCGGGUCGUACACCAGCACAGGGCGGUCCUCCCGUGGCUCCAGUCGCUCCGCCCACUCCCGCUCAUUGCAUCACCAGGCCACGCCCAGGUACUCCCGAAGCAGCUCCUGCUCCUCAGGGAAAAGGUCCUAUUCAUGUUCCCCCAGCUACUCAUCCAAGUCCUGCAAAAGAAGCCCUGGAAGCAGGAACUCCAGACCGCGUCGGAGCCCCAGUUAUUCCCGCUACAGCCCCAGCAGGGACCGCGCGAGAGAGCACACGUACGGCUCCAGCGAGAAGGAGUCCCAGCGGGAGCGGAACAGGCGGCGGCGAAGGUCCUACUCGCCCAUGAGGAAACGCAGGAGAGAUUCUCCCAGCCACCUGGAAGCUCGCCGCAUCACGAGUGCCCGGAAACGCCCCAUCCCAUACUACAGGCCCAGUCCUUCCUCCUCCAGCAGCGUCAGCAGCUGUUCCUCCUGGUACAGCAGCGUUAGCCGCUCUCCCGGUCGCAGCCGCAGCUACUCCAGCUACAGGAGCAGCCGGAGCAGAAGCUGGAGCAGCAGCAGCGACAGCGGCCGGAGCCGGAGCCGGAGUUCGGGCCCAAGGAGCAGCCGCAGCAGGAGCAAGAGUUACGACUCUGUGGACAGCUAUGACAGCCUGCGGCGCUAG